AUGGCCCAGGCCUCCGCAGCAAUGGAAACGGACCAGUUGUACACCUUGACCAACUACGGGCUGCAGUGGUGCCUCAAGGAGUUGGAUAAGGAAGAGUUCCACACCUUCAAGAAACUGCUGAAGGAGAAGUACUCGGAGGUGACCAAGAACCCCAUCCCUUGGGCAGAGGUGGAUGCCGCCGGCCCUGAGGGUCUGGCCGCCCUCCUGCUUGAGUACCAUGUGGGGCACCUAGCCUGGACUGUCUGCAUUAGCAUCUUUCGAGAGAUGAGCCUCUUCACGCUCGCAGAGAAAGCGCGGGAGGAGGAGAGGAAAGCAUGUUCAAUGUCUGAGAUCUCAAAGUCUGAGCCACUAAAGACUACCCAAGGACCCAGUGGAGAAGAAGCACCAGAAACUUCGCAAACUAUGCAGCAAGACGGUGGGACAGCUGCAGAGACACGCAGACCAGGUGCCUUGCAGGACUACAAGGACCGGGUGAUAACCAGAUUCACCGCAGAGUUAAACAGACACCCCCGCUUGCAGAGUACUGCCGGCUGGACAGAAAUACAAACACUGGUUGACGCUUUUCACGCAGAUCAGCAGGGCUUCCGGGCACGCACCGUGGUCCUGCAUGGCAAGUCAGGCACAGGGAAGUCGGCUUUGGCCCGAAGGCUCAUGCUGAGCUGGGCGCAGGGCACAUUCCACCAGGACACCUUCUCCUACGCCUUCUUUCUCCAGGCCAGGGAGAUCCGAUGGAUGGAGGAGAGCAGUUUUGCAAAGUUGAUCACCAGAGAGUGGCCAGACUCCCAGGCUCCAGUGGCAGAGAUUAUGUCCCAGCCUGAGAAGCUCUUGUUUGUGGUGGACAACUUUGAUGACCUGGACACCAGGCUCGGGGAGGAUGAUGAGCAGCUCUGUGGAGACUGGGCCGAAGAGCAGCCGGCCUCAAUCCUGAUGCGCAGUCUGCUGAGGAAGGUGCUGCUGCCGGAGUCCUCACUGCUGGUCACUGUCACAGACGUGGGCGUGGAGAAGCUCAAGUCACUGGUCCAGUGCCCCCUUUACCUGAUGGUGGGGGGCAUGUCGGUGGAGAGGAGAACUCGGCUGCUCCUUGAGCACAUCACGGAUGACCCUUCCCGGACACAGCUCUUGCGCUCAGUAGUGGACAGUCACCGGCUCCUGGACCAAUGCCAGGUGUCCACAGUGUGCCUGAUGCUCAGCAUGGCCCUGCGGCUGAGGAGCAGCUCGGCCCCCGUCUGCCGGACCCUCACGGGCCUGUAUGCCGCCUUCCUGUUCCACCAGCUCAGGCCCCGAGAUGUACCACUGCGCUGCCUCAACCAGGGGGAGAGGGUGACCCUGAAGAGCUUAUGCCGGAUGGCAGCCGAGGGCGUGUGGACCACGCGCUCCGUGUUCUACAAGGACAACCUGCGGGUGCACGGGCUGAAGGUGGACGCGCUGUCCUCCCUGUUCCACAUGGACGUCCUCCUCAAGGAGGACCGCGGGGAGAGCACUUAUACCUUCCUGCACCCCAGCCUGCAGGACUUCUGUGCCGCCCUGUACUACCUCCUGGAAGGGCGGGAGAAGGAGCAGGACCGCUGCCUCCUGUUAAUCGAGAACAUGCCGCAGCUGAAGGAGCUCCAGCAGAUGGCCUUGGGCUCUCACCUGCUCGGCCUGAAGCGGUUCUUAUUCGGGCUCAUGAACAAGGACAUACUAAAGGCGCUAGAGGACCUGCUGGGCUGCCAGGUGUUCCUGGGGGUGAAGCAGAGACUCCUGCGCUGGGUGUCUCUGCUGGCCCCACGGGCCACCACGGCCACCCCCCGGGAUGUGCUGGACUCCUUCCACUGCCUCUUUGAGACUCAAGAUGAAGAGUUUGUCCUUUCUGCGUUGAGCAGCUUUCAGGAAAUUCGGCUUCCCAUCAACCAGAGGGAGGACCUCGUGGCCUCCUCCUUCUGCCUCCAGCGCUGCCAGCAAUUGCAGAAGAUUCGGGUGGACGUCAGAGACAUCUUCGUGAGGAGCGAGCUUGCUGGAAUGUGCCCUGUGGCUCCCCCCAGGCUGCAGCAGAAGGCCCUCGUGGACGAGUGGUGGGAAAGCUUCUGCUCUGUCCUAGGCACCCACCCGAAUCUGCAGCAGCUCCACCUGGGAAACAGCAUCCUGAAUAAAUGGGCCAUGAAGACACUCUGCCUCAAGCUAAGAUGGCCGACCUGUAAAAUACAGAAUCUGAUAUUUAAAGAUGCGGAGGUCAAGCCCGGCCUGCAGUACCUCUGGAUGACACUCAUCAUCAACCGGAACAUACGACGGCUGGACCUGGGCAGCACGGCCCUGCGGGAGGAGGACGUGAAGGUGGCCUGUGAGGCCCUGCGGCACCCCAGCUGCCUGCUAGAAGCCCUGAGGCUGGACUCCUGUGGGUUGACCCAAGCCUGCUACCCGGUGAUCUCCCAGAUGCUCGCUACAGCCACCAGCCUAAAAUCCCUCAGCCUGGCAAGGAACGAGGUGACAGACAAGGGCCUGGAGCCGCUCUGUGGAGCCCUGAGGACCUCGCUGUGCACCCUGACAGAGCUGGUGCUGGACACCUGUGGCCUCACAGCCGCUGGCUGCCAAGAUCUGGCCUCCAUCCUCGUCCACAACCACAGCUUGACGCACCUGUGCCUGUCCAACAACCAGCUGGGGAGCGAAGGGCUGAACCUGCUGUGCCGCUCCCUCCGGCUUCCCCACUGUGCCCUCCAGAGGCUGAUACUAAACCAGUGCGACCUGGACGUGGUGGGCUGCGGCUUCCUGGCAUUGGCCUUCAUGAGCAACCCACAUCUGGGGCUGACGCACCUGAGCCUCAACAGGAACCCUUUGAAGGACAAAGGGUUGAAGCUUCUGUGUGAGGUCCUGCAGGAACCCUGCUGCCACCUCCAGGACCUGGAGUUGGUGAGUUGCCAGCUCACCGCGGACUGCUGCAAGAACCUGUCCUGCAUGAUCGCCAGGAACAAGCACCUCCAGAGCUUGGACCUUGCCGCCAAUGCCCUGGGGGACAGUGGAGUGACAGCGCUGUGCGAGGGACUGCGGCAGCCUGACAGCUCGCUGAGGAGACUCGGGCUGGAGGCUUGCAGACUGACCACUGAUUGCUGCGAGGUGCUGUCCUCCGCCCUGUCCUGCAACCACUACCUGACCAGCCUGAACCUGCUGUGCAACAACUUCGACCCCUCAGGGAUGACCCUGCUGUGCUCCGCCUUCUCCCGGCCCACGUGCAACCUAAGAAUAAUCGGGUGA